AUGUGUAUCGAUCCCAUCAGCGAUCCUGAAUUUUUUGACGAGGGUUGGCUGGCAAAAAUCAAAACAGAUGCGGGCUCAAAUUGGAGACUUAAAGUCAGCAACUUGAAGAAAGUUUUAAAGUCAAUAUUGGACUAUUAUAAUGAGGUAAGUCAGCAGAUUACUGGGUUUAGAAUGCCGGACGUAAACUCUUUGGGAGAAAAUAAUGAUUCUGAAGAGCUGGGUCGUCUCCUGCAAUUGGUUUUAGGUUGUGCCGUAAACUGUGACCGAAAACAUGAGUUCAUUGAAGUUAUAAUGGGGUUGGAAGAAAAUAUACAGCUUUCUGUGAUGAAUGCAAUUCAAGAGCUCAUGACAAAGGAAACUGAGGCCGCAUCUUACCAAUCGGACACAUACGCUGACCUAAACAAUCAGUUGAAAGGUUUAACAGAAGAUUUGCAUUCAACAAAAGAAUCUAAAGAACAAAUUACUCAAAGAUGUCAUGAACUUGACAUGCAGGUUGCAAUUCUUCUUGAAGAAAAAAGCAGUUUAAUAUCAGAAAAUGAGAAACUUUUAGAAAGACUCAAUCAUCCAGAAAGUCUGGAAGACCCAAGCACGUUUGCUGGAAAACGUUUUCAGCAAAUGCAACAAAAGAUGGAAUUGUUGCAGGAUGAACUUUUUAAAAUUGAAACUGGACGUGAUGAGUUAAAGUCUAAAGUUGAAAGCCAACAGAAAGAAAUUAUUGAUCUACAGCAAAAAAAUGAAGAACUCCAAAGGUUGGCAGAAGAAUCGCAAUCGAUGAAAGACGAGCUUGACGUCCUGCGUCAUACGUCAGACAAAGUCAAUGUAUAUGAAGCAACAAUAGAGUCCUACAAAAAGAAACUAGAGGAUAUGAGUGAUUUAAAAAAGCAAGUGAAAGUUUUGGAAGGAAAAAAUACCCAUUAUAUGCAGCAAUGUAUGGAAUUAGAAGAAGAACUUAAAAAAACUGUGAUGAUAAAAUCACAAGUUGACAUGUACAAGAAACAGGCCCAAGAGUUACAAUCAAGGCUAUCUGAAGAAACCAAGAGGGCUGACAAAGCUGAUUUUGACAGUAAACGUGCUUUGGAAAAGCUUUCUUCAGUUCAGAAAGAGAAAGACAGACUGGUUAUUGAGAGAGACUCACUGAAAGAAAGCUUAGAAGAAAUGCGUUGCACACAGCUACAAAAGGAAAAUCCAUCCGAUCGGAAUAACAGCGACACAUCUAUGGGAGACUCUGAAUUAUUGGAUGCAGUGCCUCCAGAAAUCAGAGAAAAACUAAUUCGACUACAGCAUGAGAAUAAAAUACUUAAAAUUAACGAAGGAGCGACAGUUGAUAAGCAACUUACUUUAGUUCAAAGCAUGCUGGAUGAUGCUAAAUGCAGAAUUAAUGAGCUUGAAACAGAUAACAGGCUUGCAAACAGACGGAUUUUAGAGUUGCAGAGUCAGAUUGAAGACCUGCAUGCAAACCAGUCUGUAAUAAAUGUACAGGAAGAUCUAGAUUUGAAGCAAAGGUUAAAUGCUGCGAUGAAAAGACAGCAAGAAACAGAUGCAGAAAUACAAAACUACAGUGUGACCGUCGAAUCCUUAGAAAGUCAAAUAGAAGUUUCAGUGAGCAAAAAUCAACAGUUGCAAGAAUGCUUAAAUCGCAAAGAUGAGGAAAUGAGAGCCAUGGAAGAGAGAUACCGUCGUUAUUUAGAGAAAGCCAAAAAUGUAAUUAAAACAUUAGACCCAAAAAAGAAUCCUAGUUCACAUUUAGAUGUUGUAUCCUUAAAAUCACAGCUGUUGGAAAAAGAGAAGAUAAUAUCAAAUUUAGAGAAAGAAGCUGACAGAACGAGAGCCUUACAAGAUAUGGAAGAUAAAAUAAUCACCACUGCAUUUUAUAAUUUAGGUUCUCAGCUGCAGAAAAGAGUGGCAGAGGAGCGGUUGACGCAAUCAGUCUUCAAUCAGACAUUUUUAUCUCGUCAGAGGCAACCUACGGCCAGGCGAAUGGUGAAUUCUGCUGGAUUAUCGUCUAGGUUUGAUCACUAAAUUAACAUAGUGCUCCUAACUGGAAAAAAAAAACAAGGUCACUAACAAAAAAAAUGCAAGGUGAUAGUUUCUGCAGCUGAAAAAAGAUGACUCACUGGUUGUCUGAAUCUUCUUGAACACAAAGAUCACCCUAUGGACAGUUUCAACUCAAACAGCAAAAUAUCACAAAUCUGCCAAACAUGGAGUAUUCAUCGUUCACACAGUAUUAAAACCGAUUCUUCCUUCAAUCGGAGCUAUGUGGUUGCGGAUGAGUGCUCAUAAUGAGGAUUACCAGUGGAAUGGAACUCUGUUUAUGGCUGCUAAUGAUCACGUUUUGUCAAUCUUUAGAACAGAUUAUUUGCAAUCAGGGGUUCUUUCGUGGUCUUUUUCAGGGUCUCAAAAGUGAUAAAAAUUGUUAUAUUUUGUUUUGAAAUGUUAUAUAUUCUUUGUUGUGUUUUGAUUUUUCAGAAAUAGCUAAACACUAAAUUUAUGUAGAAUUUCAUUAAAGGGUCAUUUCACAGUAUUUUGGACUAAUGUCGAGUCUGUAACAUGGCACUUUUUUGCCAUAACUAUUUGAUUUAUUGUUUGAUUAGCACAUAGUUAGGGCAAAACAAGUCAUGUUAUAUAUUCUAUAUUUGUCCGAAAUACUGUAAAAUGGGCCUAAAACAAACUCAAAAGAACCUUUGAAAUCAAUUCGUUUUUCCAAAAAACAAUAAGCAGCCAAAAGUAAGACUUGCAUGGCAAAUGUAGUUCAUCUUAAUCUUAAUUAAUUUCAAGCUUGUUCGGGUUAACAAUGUCCAACUGUAAUAGCAAGCAAUAUUUUAAUCUUUAGUACAAUUGAUUCAGUAGUGUACAUAGAUUUCGGUGC